AUGGAUGGUCAGAUGGUCUGCCACCCUCUGGGCGCGGGCUCGGCUCCGGGCACCACCAUUUCUUUUGUCGGCGUCGCUGGCGAGGCUGCUCUUCUCAACUACCGUGUGCCGCGCUGGCCUUCGCGGCCCUGCUUCGCCCAGAUGAACACACCUUCAUCUUCGUCUCUCUUUGCGUAUGGUGGGAAGUACCAAGGUAACUACAUGUUGGCGAUACUCACUGGUUCCUGGUAUGGUCAGGCCACACCACCGUACCACUCUAUCCGGACCGGGUUGCUGGGAUUGCGUUUUCGGGACAUUUUACAGCGCGGCAAGGGACGCAACUCCCCCGGAGCGCGCCCGCUAGCUGAAAGCUUGGCUGGGCUGAUUUUGGCCGUGCGUGUCUCGCGGGGGGUUGGCGGGGACAUUGGCGCCAUACUGGACCAACCAUACUGUUCCGAAAGCGCGAGGACUCUUGUUGUGUGUAGUGGCGAGAAAGCGGGCGACAUCCGAGCAAACCGUGGCGAAACAUAG